GGUAAACUGUUGACUACGCCGUCACGAUUGUUCAAGCUGCUCCUCCCGUUGUCGACCAAAUACCACCGUGACCAUAAGGACAUCGAACCCAUCGCUUUUCUCAUCCACCCUCAGCAACCGCUUUCGCACCUGGAGCGCCUCAUUCAAGCGGAGAUCCCGCCUAUCAAGACGAAGGACGGACAAGCCCGAGCCCCGUCCGUCUCCUUCAUCGCGCUCCAACUCGAGGACAACCCGAUCCGGCCGCGGAAAGCGCUCUACGAGGGCACCGAGGCAGAGGUGCGCAAGUUGGAGGAACUCGGACAGGUCAAAGAGGAGAAGCAGCCCUCGGGCGACGACACGUACACGUACCUGCGACGCAGCGAGCCCGGCGGCGGUAAGAAGUCCAUGGAACAUCGCUUUGUGCGGUGGUCGCAAUCCACCGAGGUGGGCGACUUCAUCCGCGACGCCGCGCGCGCGCGGGAGUUUAUCGUCUCGGUCGAAGGCGCGCCGGCGGGCCAGCACCAGAUCCACGUCGCGGUGCCCUCGUUCAACGAGCGCACGCACUUCCUGCGCAUGCGGCUGCGGAAGAUCUCCGACCGGAUCAAGAACAUCGCGGACAUUAAGCAUGAAUGUGACGCCUUGGCGCACCGCGGGGCGCAGCGCGUAGCCAUGGGCGGGUUCGGCGUGCUGGCGUUCUGGUGGUGCCUGGUGUACAAACUCACCUUCGAGACCGACCUGGGCUGGGAUACGAUGGAGCCCGUCACCUACCUGGUCAGUUUGUCGACCCUGAUGGGUGGCUAUCUGUGGUUCCUCUAUCACAACCGGGAAAUCUCGUACCGGUCGGCCCUCGACUUCACCAUCAAUGCGCGUCAGAAGAAGCUCUACGAAAGGAAAGGGGUGGAUUUGCGGCUGUGGGAAUCGCUGAUCGACGAGGGCAAUUCGCUCCGCAAGGAGAUCAAGUCCAUUGCUGCCGAAUACGACGAGGACUGGGACGAGCUGAAAGACGAGCGCGACCAGCGCGUGACGGAAGCUUUGAAACAGGAGCGCGCGCAGAAGAACGGCUCUCGACAGAAUGACAAUGAUACAGACGAUUAA